AUGCCCACAACACUAGAUUUUCAUAUGACUGAAAACGUCCAACAACUCGAUCAAGAGCUUCAGAAUCUAUUAAACGACGACCCUGUCAACGUUUUUCACGGUCCUUCUCAUCCCAGUCGCCGCACCACAGCUCGUCAAUUGAAGGAGAAGUUCGUUUGGCCUUGGAUUAAACGUUAUGUUCUCCAAUGGUCCAGGGAGUCCAUCGCUUGCCAGCGCUUCAAAAUUAAAAGACACAACCGCAUUGAUUCGCGACAUAUCGAUAUUCCAGACAAUUGCUUUGAUCACGUCUAUUUAGACAUCAUAGAACUUAUAGAGGUCAACGUGCCUCUACCCAACAUUCAAGCCGAUACCAUUGCAUCUGCUUUUUUCAACUAUUGGGUCGCGCAGUUUGGUACUCCUCUCACGAUUACCACCGACCAGGGUACUCAGUUUGAGUCAAGACUGUUCAAGUCUCUUACGCACAUGUCACGCUUUAAGGAAGAUUUUAAUGCAUCACCAGCUCAACUCAUGUUUGGAACAGAGCUUCGUAUACCUGGCGAGUUCCUCUUGGAUGUUGAUACGCUGAUUCUUCGGAUAAAGUCGCCAGUGCAAACGCUGGUUCCGCGUGUCGAAUCGGUGGCCACUACCUCGAAGGUUAAUAGGAAGUGUUCGCCAGAUCUGUGGCCACCAGACAAGGUUGAGCGCGAAUUCGAACCUGUCACUAAGUUAACAUCGACGAUUAGAUAG